AUGUCAAAAGAUUGAUGGGUCGUAAAUUUGAAGACGACAAGAUUCAGAGCGAUAUGAAGCAGUGGCCUUUCCAGCUCAUUGACGAUAACAACAAUCCGAAAAUCGAAGUUGAGUUCCAAGGCGUUUCAAAAACGUACUGCCCCGAAGAAAUAUCUUCGAUGGUGUUGGGAAAAAUGAAAGAUACAGCUGAAGCAUAUCUUGGUAAACCUGUAAAGAACGCAGUAAUUACUGUGCCCGCUUAUUUCAACGAUUCCCAAAGAGCAGCUACAGUAGAUGCUGCUAAAAUUGCUGGAUUAAACGUACUUCGUAUCAUUAAUGAACCUACUGCUGCCGCAAUAGCUUACGGUCUAGAAGAAAAAAAUUCUGAUGCGCAAAACGUAUUGAUUUUCGAUCUCGGUGGCGGAACUUUUGAUGUCUCCAUUUUAGCACUUCAGAACGGUGUUUUCGAAGUGAAAUCAACUGCCGGUGACACUCACUUGGGUGGUGAAGAUUUCGACAACAGAAUGAUCAAUUAUUUCGUCGAAGAAAUCAAACGUAAACACAAUAAAGAUCUCACCGAAAACAAGAGAGCCCUGCACCGUCUGCGAGUUGCUUGCGAAGGAGCGAAGAGAACCUUAUCAUCAGCAACCGUAGCUGAUAUCGAAAUUGAGUCUCUUUACGAUAGUGACGAUUUCUACAGCUCAAUCUCUCGUGCUCGUUUUGAAGAACUAAACUCUGACCUCUUCAAAAGUGCAAUGGAAGUGGUUGAAAAAGCAGUUCAAGAUGCUGCUAUUGAAAAAACACAAAUUCAUCACGUCGUUUUAGUGGGAGGCUCGUCACGAAUUCCCAAAAUCCAUAAAAUGUUACGAGAGUUAUUCGAUGGAAAGGAACUGAGGCAAUCAAUUAAUCCUGACGAAGCUGUAGCGUAUGGAGCUGCUGUUCAAGCUGCUAUAUUGAAUGGUGACAAAUCGGAGGAAGUUGAAGAUAUAGUGUUGAUGGAUGUUACACCAUUGUCGUUGGGAAUUGCGACUAAAAUGACUAAACUAGGAUUUGAUCCUAGAAUGGCUGUCGUUAUCAAACGUAACACCCAAAUUCCAGCCAGACAAACGCAAAGUUUUUGUGCGGUUGAUGAUUAUCAAACCAAAUUUAGGUUUCGAGUAUUGGAAGGCGAGUAUGAUUUGGCGAAGGAUAAUCAUUUACUUGGAACGUUUGUACUCAGUCUCCCUGAUAAACCGUGCAAAGAUGUUCACUGCGACGUAACAUUCGAAAUCGAUGCUAACGGUAUAUUGAACGUAACUGCCGUCGAAACAUCUACCGGUGUAUCAAACCAACUGACCAUCACCUACGAUAAAGGUCGUCUCAGUAAAGAUGAAAUUGAGCGUAUGAUCGAAGACGCUGAAAAAUUGCGAUACGAAGAAAAAAACCGAAAAUCUGCUUUACUCGCCAAGGAUGCUUUAGAAACCUACUGUGUUGACGUGAAGAGCGCAGUAGAAGAUGAAAAAUUGAUAAGGAAAAUUAAUCCAAAUGAUAAAGAAGUGAUUUUGAAAAAAUGCCAAGAAACGAUCGCCUGGUUGCAGACUGACGUAACAGCUGGAAAAGAGCAGUACGAACGUAAGCAAAAAGAAAUACAAAAUAUAUUCGAUGUAAUUAUCUCGAUAGCUCGCUAUCCUACUAAAGAAAGCGAAAAAUAUCGUGAAAUGUUGAACGUGGCGAAAAAUGCCUCCGAAGAUGAUAUUAAGAAUGCACACAGGUAA